UGUUUUUGACUAGGUUGAAAACGUACUACUAAAUGUAUGUAGCUAUGAAUUCAGACUUUGGGGUGAUUUAAAAAGCGCAUUUGAGUGACGUUCCAGCGGCGUUUAUCGUUCUCCCUAACUUUAAACUUGGAAAUUCCGACUCUCUUCAGUACACCUGGAACGCAUCACGUUUUCCGCUUUAACAGCUAACGCUCGGAGCGCCUUUGUAGUCCCUUUCUGCCACUAAAAGACACUUUUCUAUCGCACCGUGGACCGGACUGCCGCCGCACUCUGAGGGAGACAGAACAGGAUCGCUGACGGGGUCUGCCAACUUCCGGCGCCCCUUACAAAAAAGUAGGUGGCAGUCGGUAGCUAAUUGCUUGUAGACAUCGGGAACACGUCGUGUGAGACGACGAGGGUCUGCCGUCGUAUCUAAUGCUUAAACCAAAAAAUCAACAAAAGUUCUGAGUGUUGCUGGGUCGGGUUUUGGAAUUGGAUUGCAUUGUUGUGUUUUGUCCUUUCCUCGGAUAAGCCCCUAAAACCAGCGUUCCAAAUGAGUGACGGGGAGUGCAACUUCUUCUGUUUCUUCCGCUGCUGCUGAGCUCGAUCGCCACGUGGCUCAGACACGCCGGGUGCCAGGGUGUCUCUGAACAGCGACGCCAUCAUCAGGACCCGUGGGUGGAAGAGGUGGAGCCUCUACAAGCCAUUUCGUCCAAUCGAUCGGAGACCACAAGGAUCCGACAGGUAGGCGCGCCUCCUACCUGUCCGGGUGGCUGAGUGCGUCGACUGGAUGUCUGUGGACAUGAACAGCCAGGCGUCUGACAGCAACGAGGAAGACUUCGGAGUGAACUCUGAAGAGGAGGAUGAGGACGACGACGGCGGGGAAGAGGAGGACCAAGGGGACAUUGAAACCUACUAUGACGGCGUGGCCGGCGACGUGGAGCAACAGGGUGCCGACUCCUUUGAUCCGGAGGAGUAUCUGUUCACGUGUCUGACGUACAAGGAGAGCCAACGGGUGCUCAGUGAGGAGGUCAACAUUGUGGCUGUUGCACUGAAGGUUUUACCGGCUGUAGCAAAGAUGAUCCUUGUACAUUUUCACUGGCAGGUUUCACAAAUACUGGACAGGUGUAAGUCCAAUUCGUCUCUGGUGCUGUCAGACGCUUUGGUUCAGCCAAGCAGCAGCUGCAGAUCAGUAAUUGUCCCUCUGUCCCUCCAGUGUGGUGUGUGUCUGCAGAUAGUUCGGAGAGACUCCCUGUUGGCACUACCUUGCCAGCAUUCUUUCUGCAAAGCAUGCUGGGAGCAGCACUGCACUGUACUAGUCAAAGAUGGCAUAGGAGUGGGCAUCUCAUGCAUGGCUCAGGACUGCUCCCUGCAAAUGCCAGAAGAUUUUGUCCUGCCUCUGCUGCCAGGAGAGGAGCUGAAGGACAAGUACAGGCGCUACCUCUUCAGAGACUACGUCGAGAGUCACUUCCAAUUGCAAUUAUGUCCGGGUGCAGACUGCCCCAUUGUCAUUAAGGUGCAGGAGCCACGGGCGCGCAGAGUGCAGUGUAGCCGCUGCAGCGAGGUCUUUUGUUUUAAAUGCCGUCAGAUGUACCACGCACCCACAGACUGUGCAACCAUCCGGAAAUGGCUCACAAAAUGCGCUGACGACUCUGAGACGGCCAACUACAUCAGCGCACACACUAAAGAUUGUCCUAAGUGCAAUAUCUGCAUUGAGAAGAACGGAGGAUGCAAUCACAUGCAAUGCUCCAAGUGCAAACACGACUUUUGCUGGAUGUGUCUUGGAGACUGGAAGACUCACGGCAGUGAAUAUUACGAGUGCAGCCGCUACAAAGAAAACCCCGACAUAGUCAACCAGAGUCAGCAGGCUCAAGCCAGAGAGGCUCUCAAGAAAUACCUCUUCUACUUUGAGAGGUGGGAGAACCACAACAAGUCUCUGCAGUUGGAGGCCCAGACGUUCCAGAGGAUCCAGGAAAAGAUCCAGGAGAGAGUGAUGAACAACCUGGGAACCUGGAUUGACUGGCAGUAUCUUCAUAACGCUGCAAAGCUUCUAGCUAAGUGUCGCUACACGCUGCAGUAUACGUAUCCCUACGCCUAUUACAUGUCCGGCCCACGCAAAAAACUGUUUGAGUACCAGCAGGCCCAGCUGGAGGCAGAGAUCGAGAACUUGUCGUGGAAGGUGGAGCGGGCCGACAGCUACGAGCGGGGAGUGGUGGGAGGCGAGGUGGAUCUCAGUGCCAGCGACCGAGGGGAGCUGGAGAAUCAGAUGCACAUUGCCGAGCAGAGGCGACGCACGCUGCUAAAGGAUUUCCACGACACCUGAAGCGCCAUUUGGACUGCAGAGCACCAGCAUCUCCUUCCCUCCCCCUUUGUCCCCCUACUUUUGCUUCCUUCAGUGACUAACCUGGUGUGGUCACACUUAACGCCACCUUUUUACUUGUCAACACCGUGCUGUUCCCCCCCCCCCCCCCCCUCUCUCCCCCCGACCCAUCCUUCCCCCUUUCCUAAAAUGCUGCAGGGUCACGGAAUGGCAUGAUUGUAUCUUCUCCUUUGUCGUCCUCAUGCUCUUCCACGUCACGUUCACCAGGGUUACACUUAUUUAUAACCAUAUCGGCCCAGUAAGGUACAAUUUGUUGCCGUUACCUUUUUAAAAUACGAGAAAAGGUUUAAACCACUGAGGAUGAAUCAUUUUGCUAUUAAUGCUAAGACCGUGUUGUACGGCUCACGUUUGAUUGGCUGGCUAGUUUAUAAGUGCUGUCAUUCAAUUUUUGGGGUUUUCUGUUGAAUACAUUCGCACCCUACUUUCAUGACUUAAAAGAAAUGCAGUAUUUUCUUCUUUUUAUUGCCUGAUCACUUAGAGGAGAUAAUGAAUGUUUGUAGGGGGGGCUUUUUCUUCCACGUAAACACAAUUUUGUUCUUAUUGCCGAACUUGCUUUUAAAUCUAAUUGCCAGUAAUAAACUGCUGGCUGUCAUGAUCAUGGUAGAAACAUACUUUCUUCAGCUAAUUAACACAUUUAGGCAUUAGCGGCACUUACUCACACUACACUACAACACUCCGCGUCACGCAACAAGCAUCCAUCCGUUCUUUUUACUCAAAUGUAUUUCCCUCACCCCAACAUUUGUUCCGUCAUUUGUCCUCCUCGCUUACAUUGCUCACCUUUCUUCUGGAAAAAAUGGCUGUUGAUAGAGAGAUGGUUAAAAAAAAAAAAAAGAAAAAAAAAAAAAAACACAAUAAAGAAAAAUUUACCAAAAAUAAAAUUGCUGUAAUUUUCGACGGUUGUACAUUAAUACAGUAAAUAGAGUUACUGAGAGAGUUUUUAAAACUGAACCGUUGUCUUGUGUGUUUAUUGCAACCCCCACAUGUGCUGCCCGACACCCUUUGACAUUUUCACACUGGUUUCUGAUUACCCAGAGGACCGCCAGUCCACCGCAGACAAAUUGACCUACAGUAUAAUGUGCUGCUCUGCCAAGACGGAAUUAACUGAUGGGUCUGACUUUGUUCGUGACCCACUUUCACCUUACAACAUAGAGCACAAUGAGGAGAAGCUGACAUUAAAAUGAACAAAAAUAGACCUGACCGUUAUUAAAAAGGUCCGACAGCAAAUGCUUGUCUUGGCAUGCACACAAUAUUUAAUCAAAUAGUGGAAGUAUUCAUACUGAAAUUUUUUUACCCGGUAGGUGUAUU